AAUAUAACCGAAUACCCCUGGCUGAAGUGUUAAUGUCACCGUCCUCAAGAGGAGUAGAGUACAGGCGAGUAAGUGGUUGAGAAACAUCACAACACUUGUAGUCAUCAGAAAUAGUGGUACAACUUGAUAUAGAAGAUGAAUUUUAACCAUCCUCUAUCAACACCUUUUUCUGUAAGAGACAUUUUGGGAAACUGGACAGAACAUUGUGCUUUAGAUUAUCCUAACAAUAUGAAUUUUAUGGCUGGAAAUGGACACUGUUUGGACAUGACAGGUAAUAACAGGGUAGGUGACCAGAUAGGCUUUGGUAAUAACUCUUCAUGCCUAUAUGGCAGUACACCAUCGCCAAGUGGUACACCAAUGCAACAACCUACCUACACAACAUUGUCGUGUAGUCCACCAACUGUGUCCUCCAUGGGAAUGACACUUCACACAAAUCCUCAGACGUCUCCUCUCCGGUCGGACCAGAUUAUACCUGGGGGUAACCACAAUCACACCCAGGCUGGACCCCAGGCUUCGGGGCAGGCCCCACCUGGCCACGGAGGGGUGACCGACAACACAAACACCAGCUCAACAAAGAUGGAACACGACAUCACACAGACCGGAGCUACGUCCUUACCUGCGACAAACAUGAUGGAACAAACUCAGCAUCACCAUACCAUCCACCAGACAUCCCAUACCGUAACUCCAAAACGCGAAGAAGAUGAUAUCAUUGAAAUGGUUGAAAAGCAUAAACCAAGUAUCCUGAACGAUUCCAGAGGCGAUAAUGAGAAAGAAAAGACUUCCAAAGACAAGCAAGGAGAAUGCCAUCUAAUGAAACAGCGACAAAAACGAAAACCCAGAGUACUAUUUUCUCAAGCGCAAGUUUACGAGUUAGAAAGAAGAUUUAAACAACAACGAUAUUUAUCCGCACCGGAAAGAGAACAAUUAGCCAACAUUCUAAAAUUAACUUCAACACAAGUUAAAAUAUGGUUCCAAAAUAGAAGAUACAAAUGUAAGCGUCAGCGACAGGAUAAAAAUGUGGAGAUGGUCAGCAUGCAGCCGGGACCUCCCCGUCGGGUCCAUGUUCCUGUCUUGGUUAGGGACGGCAAGCCCUGUCAGAAUGUCACACAACCCUACUCCGCACCUUAUAAUGUCAACCCGUUCGCCUACUCAGCGCCCCCUUACGGCAACACUAUGAACAAUCACGUGUCAACCAUGAACCCAAUGAAUCAAAUUCAACAGAGUGGAUACAUUUCACAACAACAAUUAAACCAAGGGAUACGUGCCUGGUGACAUUGAUAUACAAUGGUCAGUUAGCUACAACUCGCGUGUUUCUGUAGCCUAGCAACAGGUGAUGUCACCUGGAGAUAUGGUGACUCCGAGUGACAUAGAAACAUGGUGACUCUGAUGUCACUUAAAAACGUGACGACCCUGCUGUCACAUAUAAACGUGGCGCCCUCGGGUCACAGACACACAUGCAUGGUGAGCCUUAGUUCACUUAAAAAGUGGAGAUCCCGAGAUCACCUAAAGACACGACGACUUUCAAAGGGCAACACACUUUUCCCUUUCCUGAUUGGUGAAAAUAUAGUUAUGCUCAAAUUAUACGGUAUCGGCAUCACAGAGACAAUAUAAAACAGAUGCAACUUUGAUCAAAUAACAUUGUAAACAAUAUUAUUUCAAUAAUUUAAUGUUUGUUUAUAACUGUAUAGUGACCAGUGAUCAAUGACCAGUGAUUAAUGGUCACAUGACGAUACAAGGAAUGUAAAUCAAUAUUAUAAUGGUCUCAUAAUUCAUUACACCUGAUCCGGUGUUCUAUGUAUGAUUGAUUUUGUUGUUAGAAAUACGCAACGCUUAAUUAUUUUUGCAUUUUGGAGAAUUUGGAAGAAAUAUGUCUCAAAUAUUUUGAUGUUUUCUUUUGAUAAUGCAAGCAAUGAAGACACAUCUUUGUAUCUAUUUAGAGAAUGAAUUUUGGGAAGUAUCAUGGUUUAAGUUUUAAGAGAAAAAUCAAACAGAACGGGGGUAAUUGCAGAGGAUCGUUUGACAACCAAAAAAGACAACUCCAACGCCUACCCCAAAUCUCCCAUGUCAUUUGAAUUUUCCCUGAUAUCAGACACAUUAAUUGUACCGUUAUGUUAAUGCCUAUUGUUUUAACUAUGAUGCUCUUGCUAAUUUCUGUUUGAUUUGAAAUGACAGCAACUUAUUAAAAUAAAUAUUUUUUUAUGAAUUGGCAUUUAUCCAACAUGACAUUGUGGCGAGUGUUUAACAAAAACUGACAAAAGCCAAACAAACAUUGUAGAUAAGCGGCACCAUCUGUAGUAUUUCUGGCGUCAAUAUAAUGUAAAUGUUAUCCAUAAUAAAUCAGAAUUCUAACGUCAAUACGUAACGUUCUGUACCUACACGAAUCAUUACCAUAAAGACAGUGGAAACCCUUGAGGGGCCACACAAACUGAUUUUGAUUCGAAAAGAUUUGAUCUGAAACCAAGUCACACUUUACAAUAAGUAUUUAAUCAUUUGUAAUUAUGCAAUAGAAAUAAACAUCAUAGCAUUUAGAUAACCCGUUUAUAACAAACAUAUAGUAUAUUUGUUUGCUUCAUCAGAGCAAUGUAAAUAUAUGCACUGAUUUCAGUUUUACUCAGGAGAAAGUAUCCCGCCGGCUAUUUUUGUCGUGCUUUGUCUCGAACACAUUCCUAUGGUUUUUACCCAAUCUCACUAUUGUAUGUUUGUAUAACGCUAUACAAAUAUUAUUUUGUAAGUUUUAAGCUAGUAAUAUACAUGAUAUUUAGGUUCUAUCUCAUAGGUGGAGAGAAUCAUGAAGAAUGACUAUUGUAUGUGUAUAUCAUACCAUGUAAUGUACCGAACAUGUACAGCGUGACUCAUCUGUUUGAAUUUCUUUUUGUUUUUGCUUGAAUUAUAAAUGUCUCUUGGGGUAGUUUAUCAAUUCUAAUAUAAUAUCUUAACAAAUUGAAGGAAAAAAACGUUCCAUUGUCUUCGAUACGUAAUGAAAUAUUACAAUGUAAAUGAUUUUGGUCAUCGUUCACCUACCUUGUUUUCUUACUGUGAAAACACCUUACGAGGACGUGAUUGUUUAUUUUAUUUCGUGUGGAUGUGAUAUCGCUGAUAGAAAUCGUUGUUGUAUGUGUGCGUAUGUGUGUGCGUUUGUGUGCGAUAUGUUACCCCAUACCUGCCUUAACUGAUUAUUGUUGUAAAAUAUGUAUGAGAGUAUAUACAUCGUGCAGCAAUGCAUCGAAAGACUGGUCGGUAAUAAAAUUCAUGGCGAUUUAAAAUAUA